AUUUGUUCUUUCUUCUGUUUUAAAAAAAUUGUACGAAACGAAAGAAAUCCGAGAGAGAGAGCGAGAGGAAGAGGGAGAGAGGAUCGGGCUGUUAGGGUUUUAUUGAAAUAUUCCCAAGGGAGAGAGCGAGAGAGAUUCUGAGGUCAGUGGGAGGAGGAAGAAACGAGUGUGAGAGAUUUAGUGGGAGAGAAGAGUGGUCGCAGAGAGAGAUUUUUGAGUGUUAGGGUUUCGUUUCCCUCCAGAUCUUCAUUCGCUCCUUCUCUUCCUUCUCCCGAUGGAACGGAAGCUUGUGGUUUUGGGUAUCCCCUGGGAUGUUGACUCCGAUGGGCUGAGGGAAUAUAUGUCAAAAUUUGGAGACUUGGAGGAUUGUAUUGUCAUGAAGGAGAGGUCAACUGGAAGAUCGCGUGGAUUUGGGUAUGUAACCUUUGCUUCAGCUGAAGAUGCAAAGAAUGUACUGAAAAGCGAACAUUUUCUGGGGAACAGAAUGCUGGAAGUCAAAGUGGCCACACCAAAGGAAGAGAUGAGACAACCUGCAAAAAAGGUGACCAGGAUUUUUGUGGCUCGGAUCUCACAAUCUGUUUCUGAAGCAGCUUUCCGAAGCCAUUUCGAAAAGUAUGGGGAGAUAACAGAUUUAUACAUGCCUAAGGACCACAAUUCGAAACAACACCGUGGAAUUGGGUUUAUCACAUUCGCUAGUGCAGAUGCAGUUGAAGAUUUGAUGAAUGAUACUCAUGAACUGGGAGGUUCAACUGUUGCCGUUGAUCGGGCAACACCAAAGGAGGAGGAUUACAGGCCGGUUGGGCGAAUGCCACCGCCAUCAGGUGGAUAUGGGGCUCCGGGUGGAUAUGGUGCAUAUGAUGCCUACAUUACUGCGGCCACAAGAUAUGCAGCACUUGGUGCUCCUACCUUGUAUGAUCACCCAGCCUCGUUUUAUGGACGAGGGGAAUCCAUGCGGGGAAUGGGGAGGAAGCUUUUUGUUGGCCGACUUCCUCAGGAGGCAUCCGUUGAUGAUCUUCGCCAUUAUUUUGGGAGAUUCGGCCGUAUUCUUGAUGUUUACAUUCCCAAGGACCCGAAGAGAAGUGGACAUAGAGGUUUCGGAUUCGUGACCUUUGCUGAGGACGGUGUUGCAGAUCGUGUCGCACGAAGAACUCAUGAAAUCUGUGGACAUGAGGUGGCUAUAGAUUCAGCUACACCUCUUGAUGAAGCUGGAUCAAGUGGAAGUUCCAUGAUGAGUUCGCGAGCUGAUUACUUUGGAGGAUAUGGAGGUCCAAUGCGUACUUAUGGAAGGAUGUACGGAGGCAUGAAUUUCGAUGACUGGGGAGGCUAUGGAAUGCAGAGCUCAAGGCCAUCAAGAUCAGACUGGAGGUACCGACCAUACUGAAGUGAAGUGUUUGGUCGGUUUAUUACAUUAACUUAGCUUUGGCUUUGUCUGUUUUACUAUUCUUGUAAUACUGUUUGUGUGAUGAAUCGCUUGAAAUAUGGUAUUCUAAUAAUUGAGCUCC